AUGGAGGAAGAGAACAGCCUGGGGGACGCCGCCGAACUCCGACUGAUCCUGGUGGGCAAAACCGGAGGCGGGAAGAGCGCCACGGGCAACACCAUCCUCGGCCGGCCGGUGUUCAAGUCCAUCCUGACGGCGCGGGCCACCACCCUGAGCUGCCAAAGGGGUCAAGGAAGAUGGCAGGGCAGGCAGAUCUCCGUGGUCGACACCCCAGCCAUUUGUGAUUCGGAAAACGACAGCGAGAGGGUGCAAAACGAGAUCAGGGCUUGCGUCGAACUGUCCCGGCCUGGUCCCCACAGCCUGAUCUUUGUGACCCAGGUGGGGCGCUUCACCGCUGAAGAUGCGGCUGCCGCAAAGCGGGUUCGGGAUAUCUUUGGGGCCGAGUCCGCCGGGCACACCGUUGUCAUCUUCACCUGCAAGGAGGAUUUGGGCGGAGGCUCCCUGCAGGAGUACGUCCAAAAGUCCGACAACCGGAACCUGCGGGCCCUGAUCCGGCGGUGCGGGAACCGCUUCUGCGGCUUCAACAACAAGGCCGCGGGAGCCGAGCGGGAGAGGCAGGUCUCGGAGCUGAUGGAGAUGGUGCGUGUGGUUUCGGAGAACGGGAGGAAACACUACAUCAUCCAGCUGCGUCUGGUGCCCAACGUGGGGGAUCAGCAUGCUCGGACACCCUUACAGGACCGAAAGGAGUGUAAACGGGCGUCGGAGGGGUGUUCCAAAAACACUCGAGUAUGGAUUGGGUUGUUUUGCGGGGUGGUGGUGAUUGUGAUUGUGAUCGUUCUGGUGGUCCAGUUGUCGUGAGUUCUUUGCAAAGUGUUGGGAGGGAGCGGGAGAUACGUUGUGGGUGAGUGGCUUGUGUGGAUGUGCCCUGAUUGCAGUGAACUUGUCACACCUGCGGAGGGCGGGAGGGGACCGGUGGGACGCCAGGAGAGCCACGGUUCCUUGCGCAGCCCAGCGUCUCCCCAGUUCCUUCCCUGUCUCCAGGCCUUGGGACCCCUGGGACCCCUUGACUGAUCAGAUUGGGGAGCUGGAGAAUAGACCCCAAGAAGGGACCUGGAUUCUGCAUUUGGG